GUCGCGAGUCGCCAGUGUGAUCGACGAGAGUAUUGUCUGAUGUUAUCCCGGUGCUAUGGAAAUUGCAUUUAGAAAAGCUAAUUUUUUUUUUGCAUUGUUUCGAUAAUUGACAAUCACCGUUCUUGUUACUGAAAUUCUUUCCCGGUAAUACACAAUGGCGAAAUUACCACGUAUUACUAGAUCCUUGCGCAUGUUUACUUCUCUUGAGCGCAGAGAAGAUUUUGAACCAAAUGAUUUAAUAAGAAAAAAACAAGAAAAGCAAGAACGAGAAAAAGAAUUUAAAAGCACUCUUAAUUGGCAUGACAUUUGCAGAAAUGCAUCUAAAGAUUUUAUGAUACAUUUAUCAGCAUUAAAAGAUAUUGUGCAACAAGUUUUACUUGAUGUUCCUCCAGAUGCCGUAAACGAAUUCACAGUUUAUGUAUUAUGUUUGUUAAUUGAAGACAAAAUCUUAACACGGAAGAAAUAUAAUAUGCUUGUGAAAAAAGUAGGUCAUCUGACAUUUCAAUCUGCAGAAAAUAUGAUGCAAAUAAUCAUAAAAAUUCAAAAACAAUGUUAUGAGGAAGCUAUAACAUUGUUAUCAGAAUCUAAAGAAAAUGUGAAUGCCUCCAAUUCACGUUUUGGUGUAAAUAUUCCCUAUAAUCAAGCAAGAGUUGUAUGGCCUAAUACCAAUGGACUUCAUAAUAUGUCUACACAAGGAAUAAAUUCAAAUACUGAUAAAUUUACAAUGAUGAUACAUGACACAACAUCUUCAAUACAGAAAAAAUCUGUAUUUGAUAAAGAAACAUUUACAAAAGGAUUAAAAAAUUGUUGCAAAGUUGUUGCAAUGCCAUAUCAGGAUUUUGUAAUGACAAUAGUGAAUAAGCUGAAUAUACAAACUGAGAAUAUACAAACCGAAUUAUUCGAUAUGUUAGGCUAUGAACAUCUAGAAUUUAUUGAAUACAUUAUCGAACAUCAGAAGGCUAUUGUAUCAGCAUAUUCGUGUUCAAAGGUACCAAAGAGACUACAAACAGCGCAGGGACCUAUAAUUAGUGGUCAAGUAACUGUACAAUCUGAAAUGGAAAAGCAAUUAUGUAAACAAGUAUGUAAGGAAGAGAAAAAAUUAACUAAACUAGCGAACAAACGAGAUGUCAAGUCAGAGAUUGAGGAAACUGAAUUUAUUCCGAGCGAACUCCGAAUUAAGAGACAAGAAGCAUUGAUAGCUAUGCAUGCACCGCUGUUUCCUAAAAAAAAUACAUUGAAAAAAGGUACCCAGGAACAUUAUCCAUUUGUAUUUGAUUCUAAAGCUAGCGCUAAUCAAAUGAGUUUUGUGUCGGGACAAAAGUUAAUUCUAGCGGAAGAUGUUAAAAAAAAGAAUAAUGAUAUCUGUGAGGAAGUGCAUAUACCGGCACCAAAAAAAGAAAAUAUUAACGUUGACAUAGAUUCAGUAUUGAUAUCUUCUUUGGAUGAAAUCGGUCAAAUGGCAUUUGAGGGUGUAACAUCAUUAAACAAAAUUCAAAGUAUAGUCUUUAAUGCUGCAUACAACACCAACGAAAAUUUAUUGAUUUGCGCGCCGACUGGAGCUGGAAAGACAAACGUGGCAAUGUUGACUGUGGUGCAUCAAUUGAAACAGAAUAUUCAAGACGGACAAUUACAAAAAAGUCAAUUUAAAAUAAUAUAUAUUGCGCCCAUGAAAGCCUUAGCGGCGGAAAUGACGGUCAAUUUUAAUAAAAGACUCGGUCCUAUGGGCGUGUGCGUUCGCGAGUUGACCGGCGAUAUGCAGCUGACGAAACAGGAGAUCCAACAAACUCAAAUGAUAGUAACUACGCCAGAAAAAUGGGACGUUGUCACGAGAAAAGGUACGGGCGAUAUCUCGCUUACUAGUAUCGUGAAAUUGUUAAUUAUCGACGAGGUGCAUUUGCUACACGGUGAUCGAGGACCCGUGGUGGAAGCACUAGUCGCGAGAACUUUGCGUCAGGUAGAGUCAUCGCAGAGUAUGAUUAGAAUAGUCGGUCUGUCCGCUACAUUGCCGAAUUAUGUGGAUGUUGCGCGAUUUCUCCGAGUCAAUCCUUACAAGGGACUAUUCUAUUUCGAUCAUCGCUUUCGUCCGGUGCCGCUCAGUCAGACUUUUAUUGGUGUGAAGGCCAUCAAACCGCUACAACAAAUGAGCGAUAUGGAUCUCGUGUGUUAUAAUAACGUUGUAGAGAUGGUACGUCAGGGCCAUCAGGUCAUGGUGUUCGUGCACGCGCGAAACGCCACCAUAAGGAUGGCGAAUGUUCUAAAAGAAUUGGCGUUAAAGCAUGAUACGCUUAAAUAUUUUAAAUCUGACUUACAAGCGAAACACAUGAAUAAGGCCUUUGUCAAAUCGCCUAACAAAUCUCUCGGUGAAUUGUUCAACAGCGGAUUAUCGAUACAUCACGCCGGUUUGCUGCGUUCAGAUAGGAACUUGGUCGAGAAAUAUUUCGCUGACGGUCUGAUUAAAGUACUGGUGUGUACCGCCACGCUGGCGUGGGGUGUGAAUUUGCCCGCUCACGCAGUUAUUAUACGAGGAACUGAAAUCUAUGAUUCGAAACAUGGUUCGUUUGUGGAUCUGGGUAUAUUGGAUGUCUUACAAAUUUUCGGCCGCGCCGGUAGACCACAAUUUGACACAUCGGGUCAUGCAGUCAUUAUCACGUCGCACAAUAAAUUGUCUCAUUAUCUGUCACUGUUGACGAAUCAAAUACCAAUCGAGAGUAGUUUUAUUACGUAUUUGGCCGAUAAUUUAAACGCUGAGAUAGCGUUAGGCACAAUAUCGAAUGUGCCAGAAGCGGUCGAAUGGUUGAGCUACACGUAUUUGUUCGUACGAAUGAGAUUAAACUUUCAAUCAUACGGCAUGGUUUACAAAACUCUCCAGGAUGAUCCCAAUCUCGAAAACAAACGAAAAGAGCUCGUGGAUAACGCCGCAAAGGCGCUAGACAAAGCACAAAUGAUUAGAUAUGAUAUGCGCACUGGCAGUCUCAGCGCGACCGAUUUGGGACGUAUCGCGAGCCACUAUUACCUCAAGUACGAUACGAUCGAGAUCUUUAACGAACUUCAGAAACCUAUCAUGACUGAAACAGAGAUUCUGUCAAUGAUCACACGCGCCCAGGAAUUCAACCAACUCAAGGUGCGGGAAGACGAAAUGAACGAACUGGAUGAACUAAUGAGACAGUGUGAGCUUAUACCACAAGGCGGUGUGGAGAAUGUCCACGGCAAAGUCAAUAUAUUGCUACAGACGUAUCUGUCCAGGAUUCGCGUGAACACAACGUCAUUGAUAUCCGAUCAGGCAUACGUCACGCAAAAUACCGUGAGGAUAACGAGGGCAUUAUUCGAGAUUAUGCUCAGACACAAUAACCCGAUAAUGGCGGGACGACUGUUGAAGUUGGCGAAAAUGUUCGAGGCGCAACAAUGGAGUUUCAUGACGCCGUUGCGGCAGUUUGAUUGCCUGUCUAUGGAGAUCAUCAACAAAAUCGAGCAGCGAGAUAUCGAGAUAUAUCAAUUGCAAGAAAUGGACGUGAAAGAAAUUGGCAGUCUUUUGCGAGAUCAACGGGCGGCGAUACUAGUGAAAAAGUGCUGUGACGAACUCCCCGCAUUGGAUAUGGAAUACAGUUUGCAGCCUAUUACGCGCACCGUUUUGAGAAUACGGCUCAAGCUGAUUCCACAGUUUCGUUGGAACGAUAAGAUUCAUGGAAGAAGCUCGCAGGCCUUCUGGAUUUGGAUCGAGGAUCCGGAUAGUAACUUUAUUUAUCAUCACGAGUAUUUUAUAUUGACGAAGAAGAUGGUUUGCCAGUAUCUCGAACAAGAACUUGUAAUCACAAUACCGUUGUCCGAGCCAUUGCCGACCCAAUAUUUUGUAAAAGCCAUCAGUGAUCAUUGGCUUGGUUGUGAAAAUAUAAUUCCUUUAUCCUUUCAUAAUCUUAUCUUACCAGAGACUCAUCCGCCGCAUACAGAUCUAUUAGAAUUGCAACCGUUAUCGAUAACUGCUUUGAAGAGUCCGGUUUUCGAGAGUUUGUACAACUUUUCUCACUUCAAUCCCAUACAGACACAGAUCUUUCAUUGCUUGUAUCAUACCGAUAACAAUGUUUUACUUGGUGCGCCAACAGGUUCGGGAAAAACAAUUGCGGCGGAGAUUGCCAUGUUUCGUGUCUUCAAACAAUAUCCCGAUCAGAAAGUCGUUUACAUAGCGCCCUUAAAAGCUCUGGUUAGAGAACGCAUAAACGAUUGGAAGAUACGAUUGGAAGAACGUCUAGGAAAAAGAGUAGUGGAGUUAACCGGAGACGUGUCCCCCGAUAUUAAAAUUAUAGCCAGUGCGAAUGUAAUUGUCACGACGCCCGAGAAGUGGGAUGGUAUCAGUCGAAGCUGGCAGACACGAAGCUACGUGAAGAAAGUGGCGCUCAUAGUGAUUGACGAGAUACACUUACUGGGUGAAGAUCGCGGACCAGUGCUUGAAGUGAUUAUUUCUCGGACCAACUUUAUAUCGUCGCACACGCAGAAAAAGGUCCGAAUCGUCGGGCUGUCAACUGCAUUGGCCAACGCGAUAGAUUUGGCCAAUUGGCUCGGCAUCGAUGAAAUGGGUCUCUACAAUUUCCGGCCGUCCGUGAGACCCGUGCCGCUGGAAGUUCACAUUAGCGGAUUUCCCGGCAAACAUUAUUGUCCACGGAUGGCGACCAUGAACAGACCGACUUUUCAGGCGAUCAGACAACACGCGCCUAACAGUCCCUCUCUCGUAUUCGUAUCUUCUCGUAGACAGACACGUUUGACCGCUCUGGAUUUAAUCGCUUAUCUCGCAGCGGAGGAUAAUCCCAAACAAUGGUUACAUAUGCCUGAAGAUCAGAUGAGCGACAUUCUGGAGAAUAUAAAAGACUCAAAUCUGAAGUUGAUGCUCGCCUUUGGAAUCGGUCUUCAUCAUGCCGGUCUCCAAGACAGGGACAGAAGAACUGUGGAGGAGUUAUUUGUCAAUAAUAAAAUACAGGUACUAAUUACUACAGCAACUUUGGCUUGGGGCGUGAAUUUCCCUGCUCAUCUGGUAGUAAUAAAGGGCACGGAAUAUUAUGAUGGUAAGCUGAAACGUUACGUGGAUAUGCCAAUAACAGAUGUUCUGCAAAUGAUGGGACGUGCUGGAAGACCGCAAUUCGAUAACUCCGGCGUGGCGGUUGUUCUCGUGCACGAUUUAAAAAAGAGCUUCUACAAAAAAUUCUUAUACGAACCAUUUCCCGUAGAAUCUAGUCUAAUGGGAGUAUUGCCCGAUCAUAUUAAUGCUGAAAUCGUUGCCGGCACUAUCAAGACGAAACAAGAAUUUCUUGAUUAUUUAACAUGGACAUAUUAUUUCCGAAGGUUGAUGAAGAAUCCGAAAUAUUACGACCUGGACUUCUUGGAACCUAAUUAUAUCAAUGAGUAUCUUUCAACAUUGGUGGAGACGACCGUAAAGUCAUUAAUCGAUUCACAUUGUAUUGAUUACGAUGAAGACGAGCAGGCUUUAAUUUCACUGCCUAUGGGAAAGAUAGCGUCAUUUUAUUAUUUAUCGCACAAUACAAUAUCAAUGUUUACGCAAUCGUUUGAAGAAAAUUUGACAGUGGAUCAAUAUCUACAUAUACUUUGCAACUCGUACGAAUAUAACGAAUUGCCUGUGAGACAUAACGAGGAAUUAUUAAAUGAAGAAUUGGCGAAACUGUGCCGUUAUUCCGUGAAUCAGUAUACCUACGAUUCUCCGCACACAAAAGCGUUUCUUUUGUUGCAAGCGCAUUUCUCAAGGCUGCCAUUACCGUGCACCGAUUAUAAUACUGAUUUGAAAUCAGUGCUCGAUCAAGCAAUCAGGAUAAUACAGGCAAUGAUUGAUACGGUUGCAGAACGUGGCUGGUUAACGAGUACGCUGAGGAUAAUGCAAUUGUUUCAAAUGAUCGUUCAGGCACGAUGGAUAGACGAAUCCGCAAUUACAACUUUACCGCAUGUAAAAAAGGAAGACUUGCAUUUGUUUUCAUCAUUAUCAAUGGCUCUCCCGGUGUUGUGUUUUAACACGCGCAAUAAUUAUAAGAAACUCACAAAGAUUUUGUGCAGAGACUAUUCAGAGGAACAAAUACGCGAGAUACAUGAAGUAAUUAGAGAUAUGCCAAUGAUAUCUGUUGAUUUAAUGCUGGAGAGUUCAGGGGGUAUCGAUGCUGAAAAAAAGAAGAUAACAUUAAAGCCCAAUAACGUCGAUUCUAUGAUUGUUCGUCGGAAUGAAGAAUACACGUUAAUCAUUGGAUUAAAAAGAUUAAAUGCUUCCAAAAAUUUGAAAGCACACUGUCCAAUGUUUUUAAAGGGAAAAGACGAAAGUUGGUUUUUGGUAUUAGGCGAUGUUCAGAACAAAGAAUUGUGGGCUCUAAAGAGAGUAUCUGGUAUAAACAGUCAGCAAAGAUAUCAUCAAUUGCAGUUUACUGCACCUAAUAGCUUGGGAAAAACUAAACUAAUAUUCUACUUGAUUUCUGAUAGCUACAUGGGAUUGGAUCAGCAAUAUGAUAUUUAUUUAAACAUAACAUGCUAAAAAUUAAACAAUAAUCGAACACCUAAGACUGAACAAAACACGGGUGAUAUUGUGUUCAAUUAUCGCAAAUCUUUUUAUAUUAAUAAUAUAAGAGACAGAGCAUGAAGAAAAAAAAUUAAAACUUUUAACAUGUACAUUGAAAUGGUGUCAAAAAGGGUUGUAGGUAUGUGCAAAUGUAAUUAGGACAUAUAUUAUCGUAGUUGUGUAUGUAGAAACACUUGUAUAUUUUUCCUUGCAUAUUUUUAUUACACGUCUAUGAAACAAUAUAGGUAUAGAUUAUA